AGUUCCGUAGUCGAUAGUCGGUGUGAGCGUAGUAGGGUUAGUUAGUUGUCCGUGAGUCGGUAAUGUAGACACAGUGGUUUUUCGCGAAAUUUUCUUGUGCUUAACGCGAGUGUGUCAGCGAGCACCAGGUUUUCUGUUGUAUGAUUUUUCAUGACGUUCCUUUGAGUUUUUUUGGUUGUUUUGUGAUAUGGAACGGAGAGGUUUCGGUUUUUUUACGAAAAGGUCAGUUUUUAUAUUAUUUCAUGUCUUCAUUUUUUUCAAUUGAGUGCCUGGAGAAGGAUUAUAAAUCUUCCAAAGGAGUAGUCGAUCCCAGCACUACGACAAUCUUCAGCAAGCUGAUAGCCAGAAACAACCUCUGAAAGACACAACCAACACCCCUCCCAAAGUCAAAAUAGAGGACAAUAACAACCAAGAACCAGAAUCAACCCAACAGGACCCCAACGAAACAAACAAUAAUCAACACCAGCAGAAUCAUCAUCAGCAGCAGCAAAAUCACCAGCAGCAGCAGCAGCAACAUCAGCAGCAGCAGCAACAUCAACAGCAGCAACAUCAACAACAGCAGCAGCAGCAUCAACAGCAGCAUCAUCAACAACAGCAGCAGCAUCACCAACAACAGCAGCAGCAGCAGCAGCAGGCUAGCAGAUCGCUGCAGUGUUUGGAGACGUUGGCACAAAAAGCAGGGAUUCACGAUAUAACGCCAGACGAUUGCAAGUAUGAUGUGGCAAACACUUUGCUGAAUCUUGAUAGGGGACACGAAUUCAUCAAGCAGAGCGUAGACGCUUCAGGGCAAGUGACGAUAACUAUGAGCGAUCUGAACAAGCAGCAGAUGGACGCGAACGCGCAAGCCCAAGCCCAGGCUCAGGCGCAAGCUCAGGCACAAGCGCAAGCUCAGGCACAAGCGCAAGCUCAGGCGCAAGCGCAAGCUCAAGCCCAAGCGCAGGCCGUGCAGCAACAGCAGCAGCAACAACAACAACAGAUGCAACAGGUGGCCCUGCAACAGCAGCAAGAGCAACAGCAGGCGUUGGUACCGUCACAGAGUCCUCAUCUGCAACAAGUGACUGUUGGGUCAGGCGGCGCUUCGAUGGGCCCCCCGCAGCACACCGUCUCGAUGCACCAGCAGGUGGCGCAGCAGCAGGGCCAGGUCAUCCAGGCCCAAGGGGGCCAAGUGCUGGCCCAGCAAAGCGGCAGCACCACCAUCACCACCAUGUCGCCGUUGCAGCAGAGCCAGGUGGCGCACCAGCAGCAGCUGAGCUCCGACUGGAGCCACGGCAGGGCGGUGCAGGUGAUCCAGCAGCCGCUGCAGAACCCUACCUACCUACAGCAGCUGUACAACGGCCAGGGACAGCUGCUGAUGCCGGGAAACAUUGGGAAUAUCGCGCUGCAUCCCAGCAUCAACCCUUCACAGAUACAGGUCAUCGCCAAGCCGUUCCAAGGCAACCAGCUGGCCCCCCACAUGCUCACCACGGCGCAGGGCAAGCAGGUGCUGCAAGGCGGCCAGACGACCGCCUUUCCCGGCUACGCCACCAUUCCCACCAUCCCCACCACUCAGAACCAGCAGACGCUGGUGUUCAGCCAGCUGGGUGUCAUCAGCUCGCAGCCCAACAUCCUGCCCAGUCAUUCGCAAGGGGGCGGGCAGGUAGCGCAGCAGAAGCCCCAAGAAAUGCAUAAGGUGAUGGGAACGCAAAAAGUGCAAAUGCAAAAAGUAGCGGGUAAUACAGGGGCAGUGGCCCAAUCGCAACAGCAAGGCCAGUGCGUCCAAGUAUCUCAAAUGCUGGGCACUCAGCCGACUGCUCAAAUUAUCAGUCCUAUACAACAAAACGGGCAGCAGAUGCAGUUCGCCGCGCCCUGGCAGUUCGCCAACGGGCUGCAGCAGGUGUGGACGACGAACGGGCUGCAGUCGCAGGCGCUGCAGCUGGCGCCCAACCAGAUCUUCAUCCGGGGCACGCAGGCCGACGGCUCGCCGGGUCCGGGCAUGUUCAUCCAGAAUCCGCAGGCAGCCACCAUCCAGACGCAGCAGAACCAAACGAUCGCUGCUCAAGGUACUGUCCAGCAAAUCUCCAAACCCAGGCCUGCCAACGACAACAUUCAGCCCAAACAACAGGCUACAAGGCCUCUGAACAUACUGCCCUCCAAUGCUGCCAACAUUCGACCUGCCAGCUCAGUGUCCACACAGACCAUUGGGGCCCAAACACCAGCUUCUAUGGGCGGAAAGCCUGGGGCCAAAAUCCGAACAAAGGCUCCGCAAAUCAGAACGUCACCCGCUCCGAAAGCAGACGCCGCCAACCAAACCCAGAUCAAACCCUACACCAACAUGCAACAUCAUAUAGUUGGGAAUAAUAAUUUUUCCAGAAUGCUGGUGAUGAACUCGAACGGCAUGACCACAACCAUGACCCCCGGUUCACCUAUGACGGUGGAAAAGGCCCAGCAGUUAGCCAACCAGAACAAGAACGCCCAACAGCAGCAGCAACAACAACAGCAGCAGCAGCAGCAGCAAGCCGUGAUGCAGCAGCAGCAACAGCAGCUGCAGCAACAGGUGAUGCAGCAGUACCAGUUGCAGCAGCAAGGGCAACAACAGCAGCAAGCACAAGCCGGGCAGCAACAGCAGCAACAUAUUCAGCCCAAACCGAUGAUGAUCCAGACGAUUCCGACCUUGCAAGGGCAGCAGAUCCAAAUGGACGGCAACCGGCCGAUCAUGCCCGUCGUGUCCAUGUCUGCACAGGCCAAUCAGCAGGUGCAGCAGCAGAUGCAGCAGCAGCAGCAACAACAGCAGCAACAGAACCUGGGGAACCUGCAGCAGGGGAUGACUUUGCAGUCUAAUUUGGCCGUCACUCAGCAGCCGAUGCAGAUGAACAUGCAGCAAUUGCAACAGAUGAAAAAAUUCAAUACAGAAAUAUCAAGUUCAUCAGUAAAUAUUCCACAGUUAGGUGGACCAAAUGUUACUGCUUUUCACACUACAUUGAAAGUUGACGUGAAACUAAAAUGUGCUCUUAUAUCCCUUGAUCUAUGUAAGGCAUUUGAUAUGGUGAACUAUGAAAUUCUGAUGAAAAAAAUGGAGUUGAUUGGUGUCCAGGGUCACUGUAGCAGCUGGUUUGAGAACUACUUAACCAAUAGAAUGCAAUUUACUUAUCUAAAAGAAUGUAAAAGUGAUCACAAAAAUUUGAAAUGUGGUGUACCACAAGGCUCGAUCCUGGGCCCCACUCUCUUCUUGAUAUACAUAAAUUCUAUAGCAACCUUGGAAAUCAUUGGAGAUGUUAUACUAUAUGCUGAUGAUACCACAAUUGCAUAUUUCGGUGAAACUCAGCACAGUUAUCGAGAAUAUCAAACGAGAUUUAUCACGGCUGCCACAAAACUUACAUUGAAUAUCAAAAGAGCAUCUUCUUUGUGGAUAACCAGAAGCAAUGUUCCUGAUUUUGUUAAGAAUGAAAUAACUUGUCAAAGUGGAUUACUUCAAUAUAAAAAUGAAAUUAAGUUCUUGGGACUGAUAAUUGACACACAGCUAUUCUGGCAAGCAAAUCUAGAACAUGUUAGAAAAAAAAAGUUGGGCCACCCUACGCAGCUGCAGCAGCUGCAGCCCAAUGCGCCGCAGCCCAUGGCGAUAGCGCAAACGCAACAGGUGGCCCCUCUGCCCCCCAGCAUACCCCCAGCCAAGGAGACCGCAACGGAUGCCUCCGAGGGGACGAUCGGGAAUUCGGGGGUCUUGGAUGGUCCCAAGGACGCAGGAGUCAAUUCCUCAACCUCCCAGCCGGAAAUGAAAGAGCAGCCCCAAACGGCCGAAACGAAACCUUUGAUAAACGGCGUGGAACCCACUGUAGUCCUCCCGGCGCCCAUUCCAGGCACCGUACCCUCCCAGCCGUCGAACCCCUCCUCGGAAAUCGUCCACCCUGUAGCAGUCACGGCCGAAGAAGUGAAGGAAAGAUGCCCGCCCAAGGCGAUGGUCAAGCCGCAGGUGCUGACGCACGUUAUCGAGGACUUCGUGAUCCAGGAGUCUUCGGAGCCUUUCCCGGUGACCAGGAGCAGUUUGCUAGGAGAUGUCAAACCCACGCAGAGUUCCGGUGACAAGGAUUGCGAUGAACCGCCAAGAAAGAAACGAGCAUCUUCUCCGUACGGUAUCGGCCUGGGGCUGAAAUCGGAUAUGGCAAAGUGCGAAGCAUGCGGUACCAUCGACCACAAAUCCAAGUUCAAGAAGAACAAGAGAGGGGUUGCUUUCAAAUGGUUCGAAUCAUAUCUUACUGGUAGAAAACAACGUGUAAGGAUAUCAAGUGAAACCUCGAGCUAUUCGGAAAUCAGGUCAGGGGUUCCUCAGGGAUCAGUGCUGGGCCCAAUCUUGUUUUUGUUAUAUCUGAACGAUUUGGCAUAUUUGAAUAUAACAGGAAAAUUUACAAUAUUUGCUGAUGACACUACCCUCCUAUGGCAUGGGAAAAAUGUAGAGGGCCUCAGAAACGUUAUAUCCCAGGAAUUAAAGGAAGUUACAUCAUGGUGCAAUACUAAUUCUCUGUUUUUCAAUGCAAAUAAAACCGAUAUUAUAACAUUCAAGUUCCAGUAUGAAAAUCUCAUAAUUAGUAAUAUUCAAGUUGAAAAUAAGGCUAGUACUAAAUUCCUUGGCUUAUACAUCGAUAAUAAACUGAGAUUCGAUAUCCACGUCACGUCAUUGAGAAAGAAACUCGCAUCCGGAUGUUAUGCUAUUAGAAUUGUAUCAAAUGAGCUUGGCAAAGAUAUAGCAAGAAUAGCCUAUUUUUCACUGAUAGAAUCACAUAUCAGAUAUGGCAUAGCUUUCUGGGGAUUUUGUAGUCCUAAUUUAUUGAAGUCGGUAUUCACGUUACAAAAAAGGGCAGUAAGAUACCUAUGCAGAGUUAGAGCAAGAGACCAUUGUAGACCACUAUUCAUCCAACAAAAAAUUCUGACUCUAACAUGCAUUUUCAUCCUUGAAACGACAUGUCUGAUUCAUACCAAACAGUUUCCUAAUGCAAAUAUUGAGACUCAUCAUAUAUGCACCCGAAAUGAAAACAAAAUUUCUCUGCCAAUACCAAAAACAUCUCUCACAAAAAAUUCAGUUAUAUAUGAAAGCAAAAAAAUGUAUAACCAUUUGCCAGAAUAUUUGAAAAAUACAAAAAACCCCAAAAUAUUCAGGAAGGGUAUUAAAGACUUCCUCAUUCCAAAGGCAUAUUAUAACCUGCAGGAAUUUUAUGAUGACAAAUUUCAGAUCAGGAAUAACCAAACCCAACCAAUCACAGCAAUUCUUGGUGUUGUUAAGAAGCAUAAAAAGAAGGCACAUUUUCAUGAUUAUAAUAACUUUGAUUAUACCGACAUAAUAACCGAAAAUAAUACUCUGAAAUUAUUGAAUGUCCUGGGAAAUACCGCAAAUGGGAAAACUAAGUCUGAGAAAAUGGAAGUCGAUACGGAAUCUGGUGCUUCUGGUGCUGAGAGUAGUCUCAGUCCAAAUGCGGAAGAGGAUGAUACUCCGAAAGUGGAUCCCAUCAAAUGGAGUGUCCAGGAGGUUUUCGACUUCAUCAAAAACCUGCCGGGCUGCUCGGACCUGGCAGAGGACUUCCUCAUCCAGGAGAUCGACGGGCAGGCGCUGAUGCUGCUCAAAGAGGACCAUCUGAUGACGGCGAUGGGCAUGAAACUGGGGCCGGCGCUCAAGAUCGUCGCCAAAAUCGACGAUAUGCGGAUCGACAAGGAGCCCGGCCAGGCGAAACAGUUUUGAGACGACAAUGGGGGCGAUUGGGGGUUGUAAAAAGUUGUACAUUAUUUAUUUAUCUCAUCCUUCGAAGACUGUCCAUGAAUCUGAGUAUGAUUUUACGACGUCUUAUUGGCGCCACGAUUCUUUCAUUUUGUUUUAUCGAGAUCUCGGAAUUUUAAGAUUUGUUUUUUCAGGGCGAUUGCACGAAUUUCGCGGGAUUAUGGCGCAGUGUCUUCUUUUUUUAAUGAACAUAAUAUGCUCCUUGAUGGUUCGUUAUAAAGUGCUCAAAGAAACAAGGGGACCACUGAAAUAUUUGACAAUUUUUCAACUGCCGUAUCUCUUUGGAAAAUGAAUGGAUUUUCGAUCAAAAUGCAGUGCUUGGAAGGUGCGAUCUUUCUGUUCAAUAUUCCCCGUUCAAAACUCGUCGGGAGUUUUUCUGUCAUUAUACACCGAGUGUUUGAAAAAAUUAUUACAUUUGUACGGGACGUGAAGUUUCAAUUUUGUAAAAUUUCUUGAUGGACCUUUCCAGUAUUGUAAAAGUCAAAAACGUUAUCCCUACCACAUAUUUAUCGGAAAUGUCAAACAACAAAUGAACUAUUUAAUAUUGAAAAUGCUAUUUCAAUAACCUGUGAAUUCAAACGCUACUGAGCUGUGACGUCAGUGUCUCCUUGGAAUUUGAUUGGUUGGAAUUCGUGACGGCACUGUUGCCACGUCUCUAUAAAAUCCUUGGAUUGAUCCUAUGUGCAAGGAAUGCAAUGGUUAUUGGUUAAUUGGUAAUUCACUUCUGAUCAAUUUCAAUUCAGUCUGAACUGUGAAAUAUAAGUUUCAAUAAAUAAACUACCUGCCAAUAUUAAAAACUGCAGAAAUAUAGGUACAUUCAAAAAUAAAGUGAAAAAACUGAUUAUCACUGAGUGAACUGGAUAAAAUCAGUCAUGCUAUUCUACUAUAUUUUUUCUCCAAUUUAUAGUUGUUGAUGUAUUCUGAAUGAUGAAAUUUUCACAUAUAGUUAUAAAAUUAUGUACUUCCUUAUACCAGAUCCUAUUCUGUCUGGAAGUUAUUCGUUUACUAAAUAAAUAAAUAAAUAAGAUUAGCUAGGGUAAAAUUGAUUCAUCAAAUGGAUUAAUUUAACUUUAUCUCAAGUACUCAUUCUUGGAAAAUGUAAUUGAUAAUGUGGCAACCAUGUCUACAAGAGAAAGAGAUGACGCAACUGGCGCAAACACAAUGUUGCCAAGUUGAAAUACCUCAUUCUUCGCAUAACCUCACUGUUGUCAUUUCUCAAUAUUAAUGACAAGAAGGCAGUGUUGAAUCAGAAUGUGUACCUAGGUAAGUAAAGUAAUCUUGAAAGUACUUUGCUGAAAUGGGUUCAGAACUGAGUAUCAUGAAUAUCUGCAUUGUAUUUCAAUACAAACUGAUAUUUCACUUUUAAUUUUGAAUAAUCCGCGAACAAACCAAUCAUCUAAUAACUAUGCAAUGCAAUUGUUCAGUAUCAGGAAUGUUCAAGUAGGUAUAGGUAUUAAUUGAGUUAUCUAACAGCAUCCGUAUUAUCGGCUGAAAUGCUGAAUCGAAAAAAAUCGAGAACUAAAUAUCCGACAAACCAUAGUUUUUGUGCAAAUUGGCAACAUUGUUACGUCCAUUGUGCAUUCUAUUGGCACCUGCGAGAUGGUAAAGGCAUUACCAAUCCAAAUUGCUCGCGCACUGACGUCACAUGCUUCGCGGCCAUGUCUGAUCGUUUGAAUUCGCUCGUUCAUUUUGGCGUUUUCGAUCAUUUUUUAUAGGAUGAAUUGAUGAAAAAAUAAAUAUCUCAGAAAAGGUGUUCUAGAGCCAUAUAUUUUGAGAUAUAUUUCGUCUAGAAAUAACUGGUCUACCUAAGUUUUGGUGUUUGAGGAACUUUAGUUUCAUUUAAAUCGUUGACCGUCAGACCCAUUGAAUCCUUGCAGAUUUCAACUUCUUUUUCCUUUCUGAAAUUAGUCAUUCAAAUAAUCUUCAUAAUUUCGCACGAAUUUAUUCUCAGAUUUUGUGAUACAAGGUGUUGCUGUUUCUUUUUGUCUGACAUUGAAUGAAUGUUUCUCGCGGUAUCACUUUGCACCAUAUGUUACAAAAUCUGAAAGGAAACUUGUGCUACUAUAUUAUGAAUGAUGAUAAAAAAAAAGAAAUGUGCAAGAAUUCGAUAAUUUUUUUACUGACGUUAAAAAAAUUUAUAAUUUAUCUUCACCUUUUCACCACCAUUUGAAAACUAUCGCAAACUUUCUUUAUCAAAUUGUUCAUAGAAAAUUACCUCUUCAUACUAGAUACAGCGACAUAUCAUACUUAAUUUGAAUUUUUAUGUAAUAAUAUAAAAAAAUCAUUGAUUGUUACCGCCAAUGUGGUAUUGAGCAUAGAAUUUGAAUAUGUAGAUAACAAUACAAUGACACAUUUUUGCUAUUUCAAAUACUACCACACUUCAACGUCAUUCAAAUCUCAAAAUUUCGAGAUGUUGAUGAAAUAAUAUAAAAGAAUUGUGGCGCCAAUACGCUGUUGUAUGAUUUUGAACCGGUGGUGAUGUUUUUUCUUGAAAGAAUGUUUACUUUGAUUUCGUUCCUGUAAAUUUGUACAUUUAAUUAUUGAUUAAAAUUGAUUCUAUAGUGUGUUCGUUGUACAGAGAAGAGUAAGUACACAAUUUAUAUAUGAAUUAGCAGAUAUCUUAGAUGUGAUCAAGGUAUUCGGUGGCGAGAUUUUUCUUUUUUAAAAAACGAGACGUCUUGAAAUUUCGACAUUUAUUUAUUAUUGGACUAUCAUUGUGCAAUGUUCAUUUUACAAAAUCAAGUGUUAGUUUCUAAUGUGGAUAUUAUAUCAUUAUUAUCCAACGAUAUUUGUUACUAUACUGCCACUAAUGAUAAUAAAUUUGUAAUUUG